AUGGAAGCACGGAAGAUACAAUGGACAGAUAGGAGAAACGUUAUUGCACAAAUGGCAGUCCUGACGUCAGACGCCAAUGUGCUUCUUCACUCAAAGAGAUCUUAUCUUACGGCGCCACGCCUUAUCAUUCAUUAUCGCCGCUCUCUUCGUCGGUUCAGCAGGUUGUGGUGCGCAAUUCGGACAACUUGGUUCUGA